GAGGCGGCGGGUGGGCAGGAACCGGCGGCGCCCUACGCCCCUUCCUGCAGGGACCCUCGGCAAGAAACCCUGCAGGACGCCUGCCUCCCUUAGCCCGGGGCGCCUGGGGUCCUGGCGUCUGAGUACCGGACCGACGCCGCUCAGCCCGAGAGCGCCUGGUUCGGGUCCUGGGGUGCGUUCGCUGCUCGCCUUCUUUAAACGUCCUGUCCAGCUCGGAGCGGGAUCCGUCUUAGGAGAUAAAUGGCAAGCAAAAAGCGAGAAGUCCAGCUGCAGGCGGUCAUCAACAGCCAGAGCCUGUGGGAGGAGAUGCUGCAGAACAAAGGCCUGACAGUGAUCGAUGUUUACCAAGCCUGGUGCGGACCUUGCAAAGCGAUGCAGACUUUAUUCAGAAAGUUGAAAAAUGAGCUGAACGAAGAUGAGAUUCUGCAUUUUGUUGUUGCAGAAGCUGACAACAUUGUGACUUUGCAGCCUUUUAGAGAUAAAUGUGAGCCCAUUUUUCUCUUUAGUCUUAAUGGCAAAAUUAUUGCCAAGAUUCAGGGUGCUAAUGCACCACUUGUUAAUAAAAAAGUUAUUAACUUAAUCAACGAAGAGAGGAAAAUUGCAGCAGGUGAAAUGGCUCGCCCUCAGUAUCAUGAAAUUUCCUUUGAAGAAUCAGAGUCAGAGGAUACUGGGGAUGCACAAUUCGAAACUGCUGAGGAAGCGUACAUUAUUACUAUUAUCAAACCUGAUGCUGUGCUUACCAGAAGAGAUCUAGAAAUUAAAGCAAAGAUUAUCAACGCAGGAUUUGUCGUGGAAGCAGAGGACAGAACGGUUCUCACUGAAGAGCAAGCUAGGGACUUCUACAGUAGAAUAGAGGACCAGCCUGACUUUGAAGAGUUCAUCUCUUUCAUGACAAGUGGCCUGAGCAGCAUUCUAGUUUUAUCUCAAGGAAAAGAACAGAAUCUUUGGGAAGAAGAUCUUCCUGAGAUUGAACCUCCAGAACCAUCUGAGGAAGAACCCGAGGUUGAAGCUAAGUCCAUACCUGAAGUGAUAAAGAGGAAGCGGGACAGUUUAGAAGAAUAUCUGGAGAGGCAACAUGUAUCUCAGUUUUGUGACAUUGAAGAAUCUGUAACUAAUGUUGCUAAGUUCAUUGACAUCUUCUUCCCUGACUUUAAAAAGAUGAAAACCGUGAAAUUAGACAGGACACUGGCAGUUCUUCGCCCCGCUCUUGUCCAAGAAAAGAAAGAGGAAGUUUUGAAUAUUAUUGAAAAUGAAGGCUUUAAAAUACUGAUGCAAAGACAAAUACAAUUUUCAGAAGAAGAAGCACAUGCACUGUGCAAGGAAUUUGAAAAUGAAGACUAUUUUGAGAAACUUAUAGAAAACAUGACCAGGGGUCCCUCUCUAGUCCUUGUUUUAUUAAGAGAUGAUGGUUUGCAAUACUGGAAACAGUUGCUGGGACCAAGAACUGUUGAAGAAGCCAGUGAGUCUUUUCCAGAGAGUUUAUGUGCACAGUUUGCAGUGGAGAGUUUGCCUGUCAACCAGCUGUAUGGAAGUGAUUCACCAGAAACAGCUGAAAAGGAAAUACAGUAUUUCUUUCCUCCUCAAAACACCUUAGCGUUAAUUAAACCUCAUGUAACACGUGAACAAAGAGUGGAGAUCCUGCAGCUUAUUAAGAAGGCUGGAUUUGAGCUGUCACUAUUGAAGGAAGUACUCCUAAUUCCAGAGGAAGCAGACAAAAUUUACUCAAAAAUAAAAGGGAAAGACUUUUAUAAAGAUGUAUUGGAAGUAUUAUCUGAGGGGCCUUCUGUCGUCAUGAUCCUGACCAAGUGGGAUGCUAUUCCCGAGUGGAGAAGACUGAUGGGGCCAACAGACCCAGAGGAAGCGCGACUGCUGUCACCAGACUCCAUCCGGGCCCAAUACGGGGUCAGUAUGCUGAGAAACGCUGUUCACGGAUCAUCUAGUGUCUUCGAGGCCGUGGAGAGCAUUGGCAAAAUGUUUGAGGAAUUCAUUUCUGAGAACCCCGAGGAAAACGGAAAACUUUGAGGAGGUAGUAUCUACGUUCAGACCAACAUACAGCAUGUGACACGGCAUCCUGAGAGUGAUAAGAAAGACAUCCUUCAGAGGAAAAUUCAUCUCGAUGUGGGAGAAUCCCUGGCUAUGCAUAACAACAAUAAAAAAGCUCACU